AUGACGAAAUCUUUUAGUUUCGCAGUGAAAAGCUUUCUAUUUUUAGGAAGCCUACCGAGAUGCCAUCCUCGAGCUUACUGUAAGCAACGCGACUCCCGACUGGAAACAGCGCGCCACCCCUCAUCGAAGCAUUCUACUCCUGAGCAUUGUCGAGCGUCCACAUCCUACCAACACAUUCCGACACGUACACCCGAACCGUCUCCCGCCGCAUCGUCAUCAGGCUCCCUGCUUGGCAGUCCCGAUCGGCACGGCAGUCCGCCCUACACGGUACUGAGGAAGAGCAGCCAGUCGUCGAGGUCUUCACGGUUUAGCCAAAGAGACUCCGAAUCAAAGGAAUUCUCUCCGUCAUCCAGUCGUCCUCGAUCGGAAACAGAAGCCAGUGUCAAGCACACUCCUGAAGAGCAGCCGUCAACGGUAUCCGAAGCGGAAAAACCUGAGGAGGCUGAACCGACCACGGCUGACGCUUCGAAUAUGUCACCAAAAACUGACCGGCCAACCAGUGGAACGGACGAUGAACGAAUGAUUGGAAAG